AUGUGGCUGAGGCCAGGCUUGGGCCAGAUUCAGCUGGGGCAGUACCGGGUGGCCCAGGAUCUGCUGGGAGCUGGCACACGCUGCUGGGACCCAAGCGAAGUUUACUUCUGGUGGGGCGAUCUAGCCUGGAGGAGGUCAGUGCCAGCCUCGGGAGAGCCCUGCCUGGCCCUGAGGGCCACGCUGACCUUCAUGUCCCCAGCCACCCCCCUCACGGCCCUGGGGUCCCUGCCCACCUAUCCUGACUCCUGCCUCAGGGCCGCCACCCCUGAACUGUGCCCUGGGGGCCCCCUCUUCAGCCCCUCUAACCCCAGCUCUGGGCCUGCCAGUCCCCUUUGUGCCUCUCUGGGCCCUGAGCACCUGGACCCACUGUGCCAAGUGCUAGCAGAUGAAGGGGACAACCUUGGGGCUCCCCAGGGUACCAGGACUCCAGACAGUGAGCCCCUACUGGGGGCCAUAGCCCUGGACAGUGCCUGGGUCCUGCCAGCAGGGGAGGAGGGGCAGGAGCAGGGGGAGGAGGAGGAAUGCCCCAUCUGCACGGAGCCCUAUGGUCCUGGCCAGCGCCGCCCGGCCCUGCUGAACUGUGGCCACUGCCUGUGCGCGAGCUGCCUACACCGGCUGUUGGGCACGGCUCCCAGUGCUGACCUGGGCCGUGUGUGCUGCCCACUGUGUCGCCAGAAGACACCCAUGCUGGAGUGGGAGAUCUGCCGGCUGCAAGAGGAGCUGUUGCAGGCUGAUGGGCCCCAGUGCCCACCGCCCCCUGCGUCCCCCGUGCCACCCCGCCGAGAUCCAGGGCCCUGGGGCUCCCUAGAGCACCGCUACCAGCUGCGCUUCCUGGUGGGGCCUGUGGGUGGCCGGAGCUGCCUGCCCUUCCUGCCCUGCCCACCCUGCCUGGGCGCCUGGCUGUGGGCCCUGCGGGAGCGAGGGCCGUGUGCCCGCUGCCUGGCACUACUGGGGCUGCUGGGGCUGGAGCUGCUGGGGCUCCUGCUUAUUUUCACACCACUCAUGCUCCUGGGGCUGCUCUUCAUGCUCUUGGACCGCUCUGGCCACUAA